AUGGAAUUAUGGAACUUUUCAAAGAGUGACAGUAUCGAUGUAGAGUCAAUGUCCAACUCCAGUAGCGUUAUUCUCAAAGAAGGUACGAUAUACAUGUUAAUCUAGCACAUCUGAACACGCUAUUGCGGUACGUCAAGCCACUUACUGAAUAACCUUCCUUUAAGAAGAUGAACAUAUCGGGUACAUAUUGCACCUUUAAGAGAAAUAUGGUCUAUUAGCUUUUUUAAAUUUCUAUCAAAUGGAGCUUCAUGGCUGAAAAUUGAAAAUAUGCCAAAAUAUAUGCUUGAAGAUUUCACUUUUAGUAACGGAGCCACAGUUCUUACGAGUACCUUAACGUAUACCCGAGGAUGGGAAAGUUAGAAAAGCAAGAGGAAUAUACUGUAACACUUUUAAGGUAUGAAAUCAUGUUCUCUCUUGUUUGUAAACUCACAUGUUACCAGAAAUAUUUACUUCUUUACCCUUUAGGGAAUGCUACAAGGGAUGGUGGAAAGGAACAAGGUCAUUUGAAUCUGGUGAUGUAUGUGGCCUACACCAUCACAUUUCUGUCAUCUUUAUUCGGCAACUCAGUUAUCAUUUAUAUCAUUCGAACAGAUAACUCCUUGAAGACCACGACAAAUUAUCUGGUUAUGAACCAAGCAUGUGUCGAUAUUUUUAUAACAUUGUCUGAGCCAGUGAAUUUCCUUUAUCACAGUUUCACAGGCAGCCUAUGGCUUAGGGGCGUUAUAGGUUUAAUAACUUGCAAGGUGUAUAUGACAUCUGUAUACUCAUUGCCUGACUUUUCAGUGUGGAUCCUUGCAGUGAUUGCUGUUGACCGCUUUUACGCAGUAGUUCUGCCUUUAAGACAGUCACCUGUAUCUCAGCAUUUAAAGAAAAUCAUGUUUAUUCUCUGGUUAUGGUCUCUCGCUUGGUCGGUACCCAUCGUUAUCGGUGAGAACUUUAUAAAAGUUGGACAGUCCUAUUAUUGCGAUUUAUAUCGUCUUGUAAAUAAGUGGACUAUCCUUAACGAUAUACAUCUCGCUGUGGGUGUCUUGUUACCUUUUCUAGUAAUAGUCUGUCUUUACACGGCAGUGUGCUACAAACUUUGGUCACGUAAAGUGCCAGGAGAAGGAGCCAAUCAGAUCGAGGCUCAGAGAAUAGCAAAAAGAGUCACCGUAAUGAUGAUUGCAGAGGUAGUAUUGUACGCCUUUUGCUGGUUCACUUUGUUUACAUUUUUCUUCUUAAAUUCUCACCAUUACCUACAGUUAAAUGGAAUACUACUUUUCUUGGUUAUGUGGCUACCAUCUCUCUUCAGUGGCCUCAAUCCUUACGUUUACCUCACAUUUAGUCAAAAUUUUCGCAAGGCCUGUAAAAAGAUAUUGUCAAAUUGCCGUUUCCCACCUCAAGAUAUACGUCCUAUUUCUGUUUGUUCAUAACACAUAGAACUAAAACAGAGGUAAGAACAUGUAGCUUAAUAGUAUACAAACAUGAAGGGCGACGUUGCUGAAUAAAGUUCACGGCAUUGCCUUUGUAUACCGAAAUAACAUUAAAGUUGUUGAGUAUAAUGUUUUCCCUGUUGCUUGCUUCUUGUGUCAUUAGUACUGACAAAAUGAGAAGGCAUGCGUUAUUGUUGUUACAGUGGGAAUUUCAGUUGGGUAUUAGGUGUAUAUUCGACUAAUAAAAAAAAAGAAAUCUGAAAAAAGGAUCUUAAUAGAUAAAAACGGCAAAAUUCUCAGGAACGUGAAGCGUAUGAGAUCCACAAGCCCGCAGGGCUUGAAAAACAAGGAACAGCGGACAUAGCAUAGGGUUCUGUCCAAAAAGUAAUGAGAACGAACAUCCACAAAGUCUUAAAGACCGUGUCAUGUUUAGUCCCGGCACUGAGUGAUAACUUUAUAUCAAGAGUGCAAGACUGACAAAUUUUCUUACAAAAAAAUUUCGAUCGCUACUAAAGUCAACACGAUUUAAAGGUUCUAUGCAUAAAACAUCAGUGGUAUUAAAAAAAUUUUGCAGCGUGGUAACAGCACCUACCCUUCCUUUAAAGACAUUACAUUUCUGUCACUUUUAAUUUUAUAAGAAACAACCUGCGUCAUCUCUUGCCUUGGCCACCCAGUUGAUCGACAUUUCAGAAUGCACUAUAAUGGAAAAGGGAAUAGGGUACGUUGUUUGUAGUUAGAGUAGAACUAAUUAUCAAACGACAGACACCACCAGCAAAGAGCGUAAUUGCUUAUAUAGGAUUCAGUUAAAUGAAACUUAUGGUUUCAGUAAACAAGAAACACUUCAUAGAACAGCAAGCUAUAAGUGAUUCUACAGCGACUCCCUUUCUCUCUGCUUAAGGAGAUAAAUGAAAAAAAUUAUUCAAGUAGGGGUUUGCACGAUUUGUCCAUAUCCCUUUUUAAAGACUAUAGAUCAAAGCUGUCUACAUUAUUUAGCUUCCAGAUUUAACUAAGUAUUGAAUUAUUCGUUUACUGCCAUUUCUUUUACAAAUUUUAUUUUCAGAUAUGUAGUAAGAGUCUAGUACAAAGAACGGGAAGUUUUGGUAUUAUAAAAAGUCGCCAACAUUUAACCUUCGUUUCGAUUUACUUUCCGAUGAUUCAACUCGAGUUUCAUUCACACUAUAAAGCUUUUGACAAACAUCGUACCUUGUUUGAAAUUGUGAAUACAAAGGUACAUCUAUUGUAAUUAAAAUUCAAGCCAGCUUUAAAACGAAAAUAAAAAUAUUUUAAACCAUUGUUAUCACUGAACAGGAAACGAAAGUUUUUCACUAAACCUGUCCUCUUGAAAAUAUUGCCGGAUUUUAUCUUCUCAGAUUGACCAAAGGAACUGAACUCAAAGGUAAGAAAAACUUGUAACGCAAUACUAUUAAUGAUUAAAACAAGAAACGAAGCUUCACAUAGAUAGUGUGUAUGAUCUGAAGCUCUUAACUGAGCCUAGUAUCGUUUUGACGAGUUAACUCUUUCAUUUGUGGUACAUUGCCUUCCGGUUAAAUUUUUCAAACCAUACCCAAACAGAAAUUAUAUCGCCCUUAAUAUCAUCCAGACUUAACUCUGGCAAAGAACCCUUAAACAAACAAGGCAUGAGCUUUUUUCGGAAUAAUUGAAAUGGUUCCAAGGCUAGAUCAGCAGGUAAAACGAGAUUAAAAAUUCUUCUUCAAUACCUUGAGUUGCUUACAAAACAAAACGUCAGGAGGCUUCAUUGCGGGAGUCAGGUAUAUCAGAAGUCCCUCGUUCCUUUCGCCAAUUUCUCGCCCAGCUGUUUAGUAAGUGAGUACAAGCGUUUUAUAUGGAAGACUUCAAGAUCAGAACAGAGGAGCCAUAUUUAUUUGACGCUGCUAACUCAAACGUAACGAAACCUUUGAGUGACUCAUUAUACAGCGGUUAACUAGCGACAAUAGACAAAAGGCGUAUAGUAAUUAAUUUGAUGGUUUCUCCUUCACUCACAGGAAAGUGUCAAGUAGAGUUAAACAUGUCCUCUCUAAUCUUGCUGACGCAUUUAAUACUUCUGGCUUCCCUUUUCGGAAACUCAGUCCUAAUUCACAUCAUACGAGCAGAUGACUCCCUGAAGACAACAAUAAAUUACUUGAUCUUGAACCAAGCAUGCGCUGAUCUUUGGUUUACAUUGAUCGGGUGUAUAGGCAUAACUCUCCAAACAGACCAGCCGGGAUAUAUAUGGUUUCGAGGAAAUUUUGCUACAAUAACUUGUAGGUCCUUUCUCUCGAUUUUGGUCAUCCCAUCUCUGUUUACCAGCUGGAUUCUGGUAGCGAUUGCUGUUGAGCGUUUUUAUGCAGUCACUCAACCGUUGAGGCGCUCGCCUCUAUCUCAGCACUUAAGGAAAACAUUGGUGUUUAUGUGGAUUUGGUCUCUUGCCGGCUCAACAAAUGUCCUUGUAAAUGGAAUGCUCUUUAAAGCCGAGCCAAACUAUUACUGCACUGUUUCCGAUAAGUGGAUAAUACCUCGCUCAAUUUCAGCCAUAGUAAAUGUACUCAUUCCUGUAAUAAUAAUGGCAGUUCUCUACACUAUAGUUUGUCGAACACUGUGGUCUCGUGAGAUACCAGGAGAGGGAACCAACCAGAAUCAAGGGCAAAACAGUGCGACAAAGAUAGCAAGACGAGUUUCCAUCAUGAUGAUUGUUAUUGUUGUUUUGUACAUAGUUUGCUGUUUUCCUUACGACGUAAACCUCGCUUUAACAUCUUUAGGCUUCGUAGAAGUAAAAUCUAACGCUGACAGAUUUCUUAUCAUGAUAGCAAUUACCUACAGUAGUAUCAAUCCUUACAUUUAUCUUACCUUUAAUCAAAAAUUUCGACAUGCCUUUAAGAAAAGUCUUCCGAACUGUUUCCGAAGAGUCAAUAUUCUCCGCGUUCCUCCUUUUCGAUCCCAAAGCGUAGAAUUGGAACAAAUAUCAAAAACAGAGCAGGCGCCUGAAAUGGAACGUGUGGGCCGUUAUUAAAUGCACGAGGGGUAAAUAUAAUUAAAUAACGCAACCAAAAUAUUGCAAUGAACGUAUGUAGAUGACUUCCAGAGCCAAGAUUACUAGCAUGUAAAAGCUUUGCAAAGAGUCAUAAUUCUUCUUGUCAUGAUAUCAUGUUACUAAGACUGUUAGUUCAUCUUUGAUAAUUGGCAAGAUUUUCAAUAUCCCGACUAUGAAAACGAAUCACACCACAAUCAUUGAUGAUUAUAUGAUUUGGAUUGCUCUUAUGAGCAAAUGAAAUUACCUCGGCUCUUUUUAUUAAUCGAAAGUGAAAAGAAAUUAAGACAAAAAAAAAUGUAUGAAAGCAAAAUGCGAUGAAUAACGUGCUUUCCCAUGCAACAUGCACUGUUCUUAAAAAGGUCAGAGAAAGGUAACAGUGACUUAAUACACCUAACUCUAACCUGACUAAAGACCUGCGACAAUUCAGCGAAGAAAAUAUUUAUCAAAAUAAAAUAUAAUUAAUUCUUGAUAAUUUAUAACAUAUAAAGCCCCAGCGAUUACCACUGUAGCGACAUUUAAUCAGUAAUGUGGGCUAGUUAAAAAAGUUUCGUCCCGUUACUCUAGUAGAAUCGAGUAUCAAUUUAUUGAAGUGUAACUAUAUCGCUAUGUAUUGUCAUUUAGUUCUGUACUUUUUAGUUCUAUGUCAAAUUGCGCAAGUGGAAACUGUAAUAGCAACAUCAUAGAAAAAACAUUAAAUUCAAAAGCAGAAACCUCCAUUCCUAGAUCCACCAUGUUUCUCAACUCGAGCAGGACAUACGUGCAUCAUUUCUUGAGGCUUUGUCAUUCCUUUUUAAAAACAAUUCACAGUCUGCUCGAGGCCGUGACUUUUAUAAUCUUCUUACAAAAACACGCACCGCUUGUCGAAUAUCUUAUGCGUCCAUUGACGACCUGCUCCCAUUGCUCCCUGUUCCUAGUGAAAAGACAUGAGUGAAGAAGCAGGCGUCCUCGCCAAAUACUUCCAAAUGAGUGUACUUUCUUAAUUUAUCGCCUGAGCACAAACUUGACAAAGAAAACUGAUCGCAAAAUAAACAUUGACUGCAGCUAGAUAGCUUUGGCAGGUAUAUAAGGUGGUAAAGAUUGAAUCAGAUGGGGAAAAUCUAAGCGAAGUAUUGGCCUUUUGUUUCAUAUAAGAUGAGUAAUUCAAAGUUGCUGAACGCUUUACCUUUCUUUGGCCAUACAUAUUCAUUAUCAAUUGGAGAACUCAAAAUAUUCUACCGUUCGUUGUAGCUUAUAAAUUCCCUAUUAGUGCGAAAUUGGCUCGGAAGGAAACUUUAUUUCUUAAUUAAAAAAAAAAAGAACGUGAUGAGCUGGAGACACUUACAAGUGUUAGACAAACUCUGACAAGGAUUACCAAAGGGGUAAAACGACAGUUUAAGAAAAUUUGUUUGUGAGAAGUCUACUUGUUAUUAUAGUAAGGUUUGAGCACGAAAGAGGAUAUUACAUGGCCUUACGGGAACACGAAUUCUAUCUUCGAUAGUUCGCGGUCUUAGUAACUAUAUUGAGUGAGAGACAUCGCAUCUUAUUUCAGAGACAGGAGAGAUUUGGUAUUUCACCAAUCUAUAUACUCAUAUAACAAAAACUCAGUAGUUCAUAUGUUCUGGAUGAGCUAAACAAAUUCAACAUUUCUCGCACGAAGACAGGUGUUAAAGCGGCAAAUUGUCAAGAACUAAUUUUUUUAUUAAAAUGUUUUUCAAAAUAUCUCUCAAACAUCUUGCACGCUCAUUGGCUAGCUUUUGUCAUGUAUAAGAGUACAGGAGGACACAAAUUAUAAGAGCUGUCAACGAUAGUAGAUCAAGGAAUAAUUUUCCCAAACAUCUCCCGAAAAUUUUUCUCAUCAUAAUAUUCAAGUGCAGUGAAACCCCCAAUGAAAGAUUGCAAAUAGCUGUUGUUCGAGAUAGGUUGUUCAUCGGCUGGAAAAUACUUUAUUGUACUGAGAAACAGAUGUCAGACUAAGGUAAGUAAAGGUGAUGGCAACUUACUGUUGCUGACUAACUUGCCUUCAUCUUUAAAAAUAGCAAAGAAAAAAAAAGAAAAGGGAAACAGAUAAAUUUUAUUCAGAGUUUGAUUUUUAUCUAUUUAAGUUCUAUCCCCAGUUCAUCGCUUUGUUUUUACUCAACGUUUACGUGACUGAAUGAAAUGUGUUUCAUAUUCUCUCUUUAAUUCAAAAGGUCUGAUGAAAGGCGACACAAUCGCGAUAUUUCAAAAAGCUCUAGGAUUGAUUGCUUGAGAGUAAGGAAAAAGCCAAAGAAUCUUGUCUCGUGAAAUCGAAUUGCGGGUUAUAGUGCGUGGCAACAAUAUCAAUUUCUUAACAGUUAAACCAUACACUUUCUGCAAAUGCACUGCAUGCAGAUAUUGGCUUCUACGUGUCAUUCUAAACAAGAUAAUUAAGUCGGCUUUUUGUGCAAUAACCACAUGUAAAUCGUGACCUAACCGCGCAACAAAGCAAAAGUUAAGGGAAAUAAUUCAGUAUAACUCCCUGAAAGAAAGAAAGAAAGAAAGAAAGAAAGAAAGAAAGAAAGGAAGUCAGAUAAGUUGCGACCGAAAAAAAAGGGGGGGGGUAGGGGGGUGAGGUUGUAAGACGCAAAUUCAAAUCGUUGAAUCGUUGAAUUAUUUACGAACUAAAGGAUUUAAUUUUUAUUUCCAUUUAUUUUUAUCUACAGAGAAUUGUGUUGGAAACUUACCAUGUAAUAACAUUUUUUGCACGUUCCAGGAAAGCAACAAUACAUUUAGUCUCAAGUCCCUCUUACACGAAGCGAUGGCAGGUAAUAUGUAAAGGAAACUUGGUUUGGUCACCGGGAAAACUGAGAAAUAUGGUUUAAUGAAGUUACUUCUUCCUAGGAACAUUUUAAGUGCUGGUUUCCUUAUAAUAAAUCGCAACCAAACGAAGGUAAAACUAGAGAAUGGCAGGCUUUUCAAAACCCAACGGGAAUCUAACUUAAGACAAUAACGAACAACAAAUGGCAAUAUGUAAAACGCUAAUUUCUUUUGCAGAUGACAAAUUUUCAUUUCUCGUCUUGCCAGAAAAUAACACAAGUACCAUGAAAGCAACACAUUAUCACGUUACCCCGUUCAUUUACUUUGUCUACGUCUUCACAUUUGUUUUGUCUCUGGUGGGUAACUCGGUCAUCAUUCACAUCAUACGAAAAGAUCGCACCAUGAGAACCAUCACAAAUUGGUUAAUACUCAGCCAAGCGUGCGUCGAUCUCUACUUAACAAUGAUAAAUUUAUUGCACGUUUUUGUCCCCUUUCAUGAUUUUAAGACGCUAACUCAUCUUUGGAUUGGUGGGGUCUUUGGACAAAUCACAUGCAAGUCCUUUUUGGCAAGUGUGGUUAUUUCACCGGUCUUUACAGGGUGGAUCCUGGUACCUAUAGCUGUCGAACGCUUCUACGCAGUCAUAAGACCUUUCAAAUCAUCGCCAAUAUCUCAGCACUUGAAGAAAACUAUCAUGUCAGUGUACACUUGGUCUGUCGCUUGUUCAGUAAACGUCAUGGUGAAUGGAGUCGUCGUGGAAAUCAACAAAUACCAUUACUGUGGUUUGCCAUCUGGAUUGACACGUAUUGACAUAAUUUUGAGCACUUUCAACAUCUCCAUAAUUCUGCUCAUCAUAAUGGUCCUCUACACGGUCGUCUGCCAUAAACUUUGGUCGCGUGGAGUCCCAAUAGAGGGUAUCACUCAAAAUCAAAGACACGUGGAAUCAAACAAGAAAACAGCAAAAAAAGUAACUUCGAUGAUGAUUACUGUUGUUGUCUUAUACAUACUAUGUUGGUUUCCACUUGCUGUAGUGCUGAUUCUGAAUUACCAUGGUAUUGUACACAUAAGUUUAAACGUAUAUUUCUUCGUUACAUGGUUAACGGUUGCGUUCAGUGGUACUAAUCCUUACGUUUAUUUUGCCUUUGCUCAAACGUUCAGGCAGGCGUUUAAAAGGAAGUUUGAUAAUUUCUAUAGAAAAUGCAAGAUUGACAGUGUUCUUCAUUGCUCUAACGUUCGGUCCGAAAGGGUCGACUUAGAGUCGAUCGAAAGGCGUAAUUAA